GUCGUUCAGAAACAGUUGUGUUUGUUUGGGCGAGUUACUCAGGAACAAGUCGGGGCAAGUACCCUCACCAAAAUGAGGGCAGAAAUCUUAAAUGUAAUGUAAAAGCAUUGAAGCCACUGUACGCAGGCCUAUGUUGUUAGAUAGCCAAUAGGCCUAAAUUUUAGUAUUUCAAGCUUGUAAUUAGUGUAAAAGUCGCCAGAAUGUUCAUUCUUAAGCGCGCGGUGUCCGUGGGAGGCAUUAUUGUUCUUCAAUGCACUUCCCUCUCUGUGGGCAAUUUCUCUACUAGCCAUUGCCUAACAUCCUCAAAGCGAAUCAGCCCGUACAGCUCAGUGGACAGUGAGCGCUACUCUUCCCUUGUGAAGUCUGUCAUGUCAUCCAGGGUCAGUUCUCAAACCCCCGAGAGUCUCCAAGCGCAGGACGAGCAUAUGUAUGGACCUGUUGUCAAAUCUCAGGCGCCCUCCUCAAAACCAGAGAGGGUCCCUAAAACCCUUCAUCCCUUCUUACACUGUGAAGAGACUGCAGGAUCUGAGGAGCCAGAGUCAGGACCUCCUGCCCGGAUUGUGUUAAACCGAAACCAAGGCAGGUCUUUCAUACCGAGUGUGACUCGCAUUCUUCAGCAGACGCUUUCCCCAGAGCAGAUCUUCUACCUGGAGAGAUGGAAGAGGAAGAUGAUCGCAGAGCUUGGAGAGGAAGGCUUCAAAGAAUACACCCAGAAUUUAUUCAGGCAAGGGAAGCUUUUCCAUUCAGCUUUGGAGGACAUUCUUACAUCAGGGGCAACAUGGAAAAACAAAAAUCCUUCAGAGAGACCAGAGUGUCCACCUGAGGUAGGGGGAUACAUGGAGAGCAUCUCUCACAUACUGGAGGACGUCAAAGCAGUGAGAGCUAUCGAAAGCACUGUGCAACAUGACACGCUCAACUAUCUGGGAAUUGUGGACUGUGUUGCUCGCUACAGGGGUGUACUUUGUGUUAUUGACUGGAAGACUUCAGAGAAGCCCAAACCAUUCCUGAGCAAUACAUACGACAACCCUGUUCAGGUGGCAGCCUACGCCGGGGCUCUGAACAACGAUGGCAACUACAAAUACCAGGUGGAAAAUGGACUCAUUGUAGUAGCCUACAAGGAUGGCUCACCUGCCCACGCUCAUCAGUUGAGCUCAGAGCUGAUGUUGGAGUACUGGAAAACAUGGUUGAUUCGUCUCGAAGAGUUCACAGAACAGAGAUCCAGUCAUGCAUCAAGUGGUUUUUCUGAAAAGAGAUGAGAUGUGUAAAGAGAAAUCUGCAAGCGCAUGUCCACUGUUACAGUUUAAGGCAAGUGAACCUGAACAGGAAGUACAACAUGCUCCCAUGCAGUAUCAUGAGCUUUUUCUCCCUAAUUUCUGACUAGAUUUUUCAGUUCACCUUUCCCCUUUUCUGUGCUGCAAAGGCACAUUUAUUAGCUAACAUUCUGAGAAAAAUUUAACAUUGUAGGGACUUCUUCUUUGAGAUCUUUAAAGAUCAUUGAAUCCAAACCAGGUUUCUCUGUAUGAGGGAUCUUCAAUGAAGCCCAGGUUUUUAAAGAGCCUGUAUGAGAGCAUGUUCUCCUCCUCUAUGAAGCAAUACACUGGGUAGCCCUGAGUGUGGAGUUUCUUGGUCAUGGCGCUGACCAGGACUCUAGCAAAGCCUUUCCCUCUGUGCGCUGGCAGAGUGUACAGCAUCCCCAUGGCACACGACGCAUAAGUCAGGAUCCAGGACACGGGCUUUCCUUCUGCAUCCAGCACGCAGCAGGAGGGGAAGUUUGCGAGCAUGUUCCGGAUCAUCCUGGCAGCCUCCCCGCUCUUUCCAAACUUCCACGUCUGAUUCACCAAGCCAACGUGAGAUUCAUCCAGAGAGCUCACUGAGAUCCCUGAGCUGAUGCAGAACAGAGCAGAAUCCUGUUUCAUUAAUGAACUAUUAAACCUAAAAGAAUGACUCUGUGGCACACUAGACACUAAAGAUAUCAUUGCAUGGAUAGGCUUUACCUGUCUAUAGAGGGAAGGUGUCCUCCCGUAUCAUCAUGUGACACACUGCCAGUUUGCUGCUGGCUAUAUCUUUUUCUGCCGCCACUGCUUUGAAUUUAUUCACAUGACGAAGAUUAAUUCCUUGAAAAGAAAUAAUAAAGUUAUAUUUUUAGUAAAGUUAUUUACAAACAGGUGAAACUGA